AUGGUCUGUCCCACACGUAUAUUUAUAAUCUUACUUGUGAAUAAUAUACACAUCCAGCGAGCUUCAAGUGCUUUAGUCAAUAUAACCAGGAGGACCAAAAAGGACCUUAUUCUAAACCCCGUGUCGCAAAAUUUAAUUGAAGUAUUUAAAGCAGUAGAGGUGUAUAGACCCCUAACAACUGAGGAAAAACAAAACACGUCAAAAACUGCUAAUGAAUACUACACCGCGAGUGACAACCCUGACAAACAUUUGAAUAUAGUGGAACUGGUGAGGAAAUACGGAUACCCAAUAACAGUACAUCGAGUGCAAACACAAGAUGGAUACAUCCUCAAAAUGUUUAGAAUACCUGGGAACGGUCCCGCUGUAUUUUUGAUGCACGGCUUAUUAUGCAGCGCUGAUGACUGGGUAACAGCUGGGUCAGAAAGUGGAAUCGCUUAUGUGUUAGCUUCCGCAGGCUACGACGUGUGGCUGGGCAACGCUCGCGGGAACAAAUACUCGCGUCACCACAGGUCUCUGUCUCCGGAUAAUGAUGCUGAACAUUUCUGGGACUUCAGUUGGGAUGAGAUCGGGCGUUACGACCUGGCCGCUAUGAUCGACUACAUACUGAGACAUACUGGUCAGCCCACACUCAAGUACGUCGGCCACUCGCAGGGUACCACCUCAUUCUUCGUACUCUGCUCCGAGAGACCUGAAUACAAUGAGAAAAUCUCAUUGAUGGCCGCGCUCUCACCUGUCGCUUGGAUGUCACACGUGGAAAGUGCCAUGUUAAGACUUUUUUCGUCUGCAAAUCCUUUACUUUACAGGAUAGCGAAACUAUUCGGCGUGUACGAAUUUAUCCCUAGUAACGAAGUGACGAAGGCGGUUGCUGAUGUAUUAUGUGGCACAACCACUCUCGCUACUAUACUAUGUAGUAACAUAUUGUUUAUUAUUGGCGGAUUUGAUUUUGACCAAUUAAACAUUACAAAUCUGCCUGUUUUAUUUGGACACGUACCAGCAGGAUCUGCGACCAAGCAAUUAGUACAUUACGGGCAAGGUGUACAAUCGGGGGAAUUUAAGAAAUUUGAUUACGGUGAAAGGAUAAACAUCGAAAUAUACGGUUCUAAGAAGCCACCUACAUACGCGGUUGAGAAAAUCACCGCGCCUGUGGCUUUAUUUUACAGUGACUCCGAUUGGCUGUCCAAUGUAAUUGAUGUAAACAUUCUGAAAAGUAAAUUACCAAACGUUAUAGACUUCUAUAAAGUUCCACAUAAAAAAUUCAAUCACUUUGACUAUUUGUGGGCCAAAGAUGUUAAGGAUCUAGUAAUUAAUAGAUUACUGCAAUUACUAAAUCAAACGUAG